GUAAAAUUAUGGAUCCACCGGAUAAUGAUCUGGAUUCGGAUACCUUAGAAUUGUCCGGAUAUCCGAUCCAUCCCGGGCCUAAAUAUCUCGACUACUACGCAACACCUCUCUAGUAGUCGGCACGUUAUAAAAGGGAACGUGGAAUAUCACAUGCUUUUUUCCGUCUACCCUUAAAAGUAGCCUUAAAUAGUUCUCAUCUUUCUGUUAAAACUUGAAUAGUUCUCAUUGCUUAUCAUCACAUGUGAACCGUACAUAUCAUUUUUAAGAUCCUAUCUUUAUCUUGUACUUCAACGUGAUGUUGGAACUUAUUUCAGGAUAUGUUACGCUGACACUUUUUUUUUUUGAAAAAGGGUUUACUUAUGCUGGCACUUUUAGACUAGUUUCCUGCAAAUUCUUUUGUCCGAGCGACGGGAUCGUAUAAAUUGUAUAAGAUACUAAAAAUAGCGCAUGUCAUAUUAAAAACGAAGAUGUUGGAAUUUUUUUAUAAAAUGAACAAAAGAUUAUGCGCAAUUUUCCAUCUCACUAAAGUAUUUUGCAAAUCUAUGUGAAAUUAAAAUCAUGUUCUCAAAUAUGAAGUGAGUAUAGCAAUGCCAAUUACUCUCAACUACCCAUAUUAUGAUCACAUGGAGAUUGAGUACAUAAUAUUGUUUUGAAAUAAUAUCAUACGUCAGUACGUACGUCCCAUAGACUAAUAAUUCGUACAAUAAUAAGUUGUGCACAUAAAAGCCAUAAUUAGUUAAGUAUAGUAUCAUAUAACAUGGAAUCAGUACACUAUACUUAUACACCGCAUAUAACGUGAUUAGUCAUAAAUUCACGGAUCGUCCGGUCAAAUACAUAAAAUACAUUUUCUCCCUAUAUAUACAGUUUUCUCAUUACUUCGCCCUAAGUCAUUAUAAUCACACAAAGCCAUCAAAAACUACAAAAAAAAAAAUCUAAGAUGGCCAAUAACAUCUCUUAUCCUUGUACCAUCAUGUUAUUCUUCAUUGUUUUCUAUCUUAUCAACUCAUCAAACGCAAUGCCAUCGUUUAAUGUACAGAGAUACGGAGCUAGAGGUGAUGGGAGAACAGACGCGACCGAGCCAUUUUUGACAGCUUGGUCAUUAGCAUGUGAGUCACGGGCUCGAGCCAUGGUCUACAUUCCCCGAGGAACAUACUUGGUUAGAAACCUAGUCUUUUGGGGUCCUUGUAAGAACAUUAUAACUUUCAAAAUCGAUGGAACACUCGUUGCUCCGGAAAAUUACUGGAGUAUAGGUAGUUCUGGUUACUGGAUCCUAUUCGCUAAGGUAAACCGGAUCUCGGUUUACGGUGGAAUCCUUGAUGCUAGAGGAGCUGGUUAUUGGUCUUGUAGAAAGAAAGGUGGUCAUUGUCCUCAGGGUGCAAGGUCUAUCUCGUUUAGCUGGUGCGAUAAUGUUCUACUAAGCGGUCUAACGUCGUUGAAUAGUCAGAAUAUUCACGUUACGGUUCAUCAUUCUUCUAAUGUUCGGAUUCAAAACAUAAGAAUCAGGGCUCCAAGUGGAAGCCCCAAUACUGACGGUAUUAUCGUCCAGGCUUCUUCUGGAGUCACCAUUAGUGGGGGAGUCAUCGGGACCGGUGAUGACUGCAUUGCUCUUAAUCCAGGAUCUAAAAACAUUUGGAUCGAACGUUUGAAUUGUGGACCCGGACAUGGAAUCAGCAUUGGGAGUCUUGGGGAAUACGCUAACGAGGAAGGUGUGCAGAAUAUCACCGUCACAAGCUCUAUUUUUACCAAGACGCAAAACGGAGUCAGAAUAAAGAGUUGGGGUAGGCCGAGCAAUGGGUUUGUGAGGAAUGUGCAAUUCCGAAACUUGGUAAUGAGGAAUGUUGAGAAUCCAUUAAUCAUCGAUCAAAACUAUUGCCCUAGUAGAAAAGGUUGCCCUAAUCAGAGCUCUGGCGUGAAGAUAAGUGGAGUGACGUACGCAAACAUAAAGGGAACAUCAGCAACGCCAGUAGCUAUGAAACUGGAUUGUAGUGGAAGUAAUCAUUGCACAGGGAUUACAUUAAAAAACAUUAACCUCAAGUACAUGAGAAGGUCAUCAGCUUCUUAUUGCAAGAACGCUCAUGGACGAGCCUCUGGAGUUAUGAUUCCAAGGAAUUGUAUGUGAUAUCAGAAAUCCAAGAUUUCAUCAUUGGGAUUAUAUUUAAUGAACCCUAAGAGUAAUUGUUGGAUGUAGAUAUGUGAUAAAGUGAUGUUUGUCUGAUUUGUUUUGAUGUUUCAUAGUAGCUUUAGAUUCAUCCGAAGUUAAAUGUGGUGAAUUCUUUGGUGUGAGUGGAAAUAAAGAGAAGCAAUCAGUUUGAUUCCUGGCU